UGAAAUAAAAAAAAUCAUAAUGAAAUUCCCUUCAAAGAGUCAUGAAUCUCGUACCUAAUUUUUGUUUCGCACUCAGCGGUGCAUACGAGGGACGAAAAAUAUUUCGAGUUUUAUUUAUGAUUACUAGGUUCAACAAAAUGUCAAAAGCCACGAAACGAAAGCAGGUACAGGAAGACUUGAGUAUUCCUACGGAAUCGCAAACGAUAGUACAACUUGUCGAUGCACGAGGUAAUAAUCUUCACGAAGUGAUGGAACACUCCGGGGAGCGCUAUCUCGUCUCUAUGCCAAUGAAAUUCAGAAAAAAUAUAUGGGUCAAAAGAGGCGAUUAUAUUCUCGUCGAGCCAAUACCCGAGGGCGAUAAAGUUAAAGCAGAAAUAGCAAAAAUACUUACAAAAGAGCACAUAAAUUAUUAUCGAUCGGAGGGGUGUUGGCCAAACAAAUUUGAUGAUUCGGAUCAACUGAGCGAAGGAACGAAUCAAAAUGAAAAUGAUUCAGCAGGGGGGGAGAAGGAUAUUUUUGUGAAUACUAAUCGUAGAAUUCCAAAUUACGGUUGUUAUGCUGCAUAUGAUGGUUCCAGUUCAGAAACUUCCGAUUCAGAGUGAUGGGUGUACUUUAGUGGAAAACAGUGCACCCUCAUUCAAUUGUUGUUAUUAGCAUACGAUAUUGUGUAAUGUUGUAGGAGUUAUACGAUCGUGAUAGUUUACUGAAGCUACAUUUCUGCCAUUGUAGAGGAAUUUAGGGUGGAAUGGACGCAAUUUAAAAAUGGAAUUGGAAAGGGAGAAUUAGAGAAUAUGAGGAGUAAAUCUGACAUGCUUACAUUGUUUUGUUUUUUCUGAUUUCAUUGAAAAAUUAACGUCGAUUUUAUUGCAUUAUAUAUCAAUAAAUAAUUAUCAUUUUUCUA